AUGGCUUUUUCGGGGCCCAGUCGCGCCGCUGCAUGGACGCUCUCACUUCCUACAUCCACUCAACCCGUUGAAUCCGCCCGUCUUCCAGACGAUGGAAGCAGAGGGGGCUCAGAGUCCAUCAUCGGAGAAGACCUGCGCCAAUUGGUUGCCCCCUAUGAUUUUCAAGACGGCGGAAAAUACCGUUCCAUCGUGAAGAUUCAGUCUCGAUUCCAGGACCAAGGGCAUCAGACAUGGAUGAUGGGAAGCGGAUGGCUCAUUCGUCCCGACCUCCUCGUCACCGCCGGUCACGUCGUCUAUGACUGGGGACGCAAUCUUGGUGCAGCUGAUCAGAUCAAGUGCUACAUUGGCUACAAUGGCAAACAGUCUGUCAGGUCACCUCAGGUCCAGACGCGAUUCGGCGCCAAGGUUGUGACUCCCGUUGAAUGGAUCGAGGGUUCGAACAACCGUACAAAGGAUGUUGCUUUCAUUCGACUUGACAGGCCUUUCACGGGAGACUUACGACUCUUCAGCUACGUCAAUACCCCAGAAAAAGGCAAUGGCACAUACCUGGGUGUCGUCGGAUAUCCGGGUGAUCGAACCUUGGAGGAUGAACAAGGAGCUCAGAUGUACGAGGAGUUUGCCAGGAGUGACUAUAACAUUGGAGAGAGUCCUCGCCGUAUGGUCGAAUAUUCGAUUUCAACCUUCUCAGGACAAUCUGGUGCCCCAGUCUUACGCAAAUCCGACGGGCGACUCAAUGCAAUUGGAACUCAUAGCUAUGGCGGCGGUGGCUUUGAAAAUAACUCAGGCACUGCGAUUGGAAAUGAUUAUGGUAAUAAUUACAACGAUUUGAUCAGUUUGUUUGACAAUAGGACGACUUUCGGCGAUGUUGGCAAUGUCAAAGUCGUCCAAGUUCAAACUCAAGACCGAGAAACAAGCAUCAAUGAGCCUCACGGUCCCACUAGAGGCCGCCCCGGGAUCGCGGUUGAGACUCCGAGUUUCGAGGAAGAAAGCUUCUUCGACACCUUGAAAAGUGUAGCCAAUGUGGGAAGAAAUGGCUUCAACUUUCCUUCUACCUUCCUCGGUCCCAUCGGUGCCCCUCUUAGUGCAGUAGUCGGAACUCUACUCGGGUCACUCACAGAGAGCACGCUUUCUCAGGGUAGCGAAACCGUUGUAAAUGGUCCCGCCGAACGUGCGGUGCUCGCUGAAGCUGCUUUGCAAGCUAUCCUUGCGUCAGACCACGAUGAGCAUAUGAUGGAGGUCAUCAACAAGAUGGGUCACUUUUGGAAAAGUGGUGCACCAAAGGCUCAAAUUCUCGCUCCUGCUAUCACUCCCAUCUUAGGACAAUGCAGCGUGGAACUUUCAGGCCAAGUUGCUCCAGAGACCAACGACACCAAGAUACCAUCUUUCCGUGAUCGUCGUCGCUUGGAAGCCGACAUCACAGAGAGUGCUGCAAUGAGCGACGGAGCUGCCUUUAUCCAAGGUAUACUGGGUCCAACUCGGCAACUUGAGGGAGGAAAAGACGUUUCCGAAUGGCUUGGCCCCGUGCUCGUUACUGCGGUCUCUGAGUCCAAGCCUCUUACGUCUAAGCUCACCUCUACUACUCUCUCACGCAUGGAGUCCAUCGAGGCACCCACCUCUAGCGCAAACGAGGAUGCGACCAGGAUCUUGAUCAAACGUGCUAUCUUAGCAGACGCGGCUCUUCAAGCCGUAAUGUCCCUACCCCGCGAAAGGCUAGUCGGGUUCAGGCCCACCAACGGACGUGGCGACGACGCAAGCAUCUUUGAUUUCAUGAAAGAUAAAGUUCAGAUAUUUGGACCCAAUGCACUCGACAUUGCAAAGAAGGCGGCUAUCAAGUUUGGGCCUCGUCUCACCAGCGAUGCCAGUUCGGAUCCUCCAGGUCCUGACACUCAAGUUCCCCGUCUUGGGCAGCGGCCGAAGAAGCCGUCAUUGAUGGACUAUCUCAACCAAAGCGCGACCCGUUUGGACCCGUUUUGA